AUGGCUCAUAGUCGCAAACACCAACAGCCCCAAUACACUUCCUAUCAUACGCCUCGCUCACAAUACCCAUUGCCGACCUCUGUCGCACCGGCCAUGAGCUACUCCUCGUCAACGGACAGCAACAGUUCCACGAGGACGGCAUCAAGCAUGAUCUCAACGAGUAGCGGACAUCAGCAACAAACGGCAUAUUACAGCUCUCAUUAUCCCACAACGUCGGCUGGUUUCACAGACCCAAUCUAUCAACAACAACAACAACAACAACAACAACAACAACGGCAGGCAUCCGCUAGCUACACGACUAGCCCGGAGUAUGUACUGGUCACAGAGGAGGCUGCAACGACACCGUCAAGGCCAGCAAGGGCUGCGGGUCUAGAAAGAUCCGGCAGCAGAUACGUCUGCAUGUUCCCGCGCUGCGAAAGCAGUUUCAGUCGCUCCGCAGAUCUCAGCCGCCACUACCCCACCGUCCACUUCCCGGACUCUGUCAGACUCGACUGCCCCAAGCCCAGAUGCUCGCGAAAGGGUGAGCAGGGCUUCACGCGCCAGGACCAUCUCAACGAGCAUCUGCGCCAGUACCACAAGGAGCCCGUCACUAAGCGGAGAUCUUCGAAAUCUUCCUCGCAGCGCCCGGAGACAUAUCGCUAG